AUGGUGGUCCCAGUGGUAACGGUAGUGGCAGCGUUGGCGGUGGCCGUCCUCUUUGGGGCAUACGGCCUCUUCCGGCGGUUUGGCGAGAUGCUCCGACAUGCCGGAAAACUCGGUGGCCCUACGGCGUACCCGCUCAUCGGCAAUGGGUUGUUGUUCCUGAACAAAACUCCCGCCGAAUUUCUGCGCACCAUCGAGUGGAUGCUGAAGAAGUAUGGCAACAGUUUUCGUGUAUGGCUUGGAACCCAGCUAGUAAUUCUAGUGCAAGAUCCCAAGGAUAUCGAGGUCCUGCUCGGUAGCCCAAAGUACAUCGAUAAAUCCACCGAGUACGACUUUAUCAGACCCUGGCUGGGCGAGGGGUUGCUGACCAGCCGCGGCCGGAAAUGGCACACACACCGGAAGGUCAUUACGCCAACGUUCCACUUCAAGAUUCUCGAGCAGUUUGUGGAAAUCUUCGACCGCCAGAGCAGCACGUUCGUCAAGGUCCUACAACCGUACGCUGAGGCGGGCAAGUCGUUCGACAUCUUUCCUCAGGUUACACUGUGCGCGUUGGACGUGAUUUGUGAGUCGGCGAUGGGUACAAAGGUGGACGCUCAGCUGAAUUCCACGUCAAGCUACGUGUUGGCCGUGAAAGAGAUCACAAACCUUAUUCAGUUGAGGUUUUAUGAUUUUCUCAUCCGGUACGAUUUCUUCUUCCGCCUGUCCGCGAACAGUCGGAAGCAAAAGAAAGUUAUCAAAGAACUGCAUAACUACACGGACAGCGUGAUUAGGGGACGUCGCGAGCAGCUCGAGCAAAGGGCCACUGGAGGCAGUGACGCGGGUGAGUCGUUAGGUGAUCAGGUAAUCGGCAUCAAGAAGCGGAUGGCGUUCCUGGAUAUGCUCCUGCAGGCUACCGUCGAUGGCCGUCCGCUGACCGAUUUGGAAAUUCGAGAAGAAGUCGACACGUUCAUGUUCGAGGGGCACGACACGACGACGUCGGCCAUUAGCUUUUUGCUGCAAAGUUUGGCGAAAAAUCCCGACGUCCAGCAGAAGGUAUUCGAAGAAGUACGCAGCAUUGUUGGGGACGAUCUGAAGCAGCCCGUUACCAUGGCGAUGCUGAACGACAUGAGCUACCUCGAUCUGGUGAUCAAGGAAACGCUCCGGCUCUUUCCAUCGGUACCGAUGAUUGGGCGAAAGAUGCUCGAAACUACCGAAAUCAAUGGAAAGAUUUAUCCGGCUGGAGCCAAUCUUAUCAUCAUGCCGUUCUUCCUCGGACGUGACGCAAAGUAUUUCCCCAACCCGGAGAAGUUCGAUCCGGAGCGGUUCAACGUGGAGCGGUCAGCCGAGAAGACGAACCCAUACCAGUACAUUCCGUUCAGUGCGGGACCACGGAAUUGCAUUGGUCAGAAGUUUGCUGUGGCCGAGCUGAAGAGCCUGGUGAGCAAGGUACUGCUCCAUUAUGAAAUUCUUCCUCCGUCGGAGGAACGGACCGAGUCGUUUAUUGCAGAACUUAUCCUGCGACCAGAGCAUGGCUUAUUCGUUCGGUUGCAGCCGAGGACAAUGGCAUCUGAAGGCUACAACAGCAGCAGAGCGAUAGUGGACGCGAUGUUUUUGACAGUGAUCGCUGGUUUGGCGAUAGCCUUGGCCGUUUAUGUGUACCUGACAAAGUUUAGUAACAUCCUGAAGUACAGCGGCAAACUCGGCGGUCCCCCGGCAUACCCAUUGAUAGGAAAUGGCCUGCUGUUUGUCAACAACACGCCUGCCGACUUUUUGCCGACCGUUGGUGGUCUGCUUCAGCGGUAUGGAAAUUGUGUUCGCUUAUGGCUAGGCACGCAGCUGCUCAUCGUAAUCUCCGACCCAAAGGACAUAGAGGUGAUCCUGAGCAGCAACAAAUACAUCGACAAGUCGAUUGAGUACAACUACAUCAAACCGUGGCUCGGCGAAGGGCUGCUGACCAGUACCGGGCGAAAAUGGUUCGCGCACCGGAAGGUGAUCACGCCGACGUUCCACUUCAAAAUACUGGAACAGUUUAUUGAGAUAUUCGAUCAGCAGAGCAGCACCUUCGUGGAGGUGCUGAAGCCGUACGCCGAGUCGGGCAAAUCGUUCGACAUUUUUGGCCCAGUCACGCUGUGCGCCUUGGAUGUUAUCUGUGAAACUGCCAUGGGCACGAAGGUCAACGCACAGCUGAAUUCCGAUUCAAAGUAUGUGCAAGCAGUGAAAGAGAUAACAACCCUGGUACAGGUGCGAUUGUUCCACUUCCUGAUUCGGUAUGACUUCUUCUAUCAAUUCUCUGACAACCGCCGUAAGACGCAGGAAGCGUUGAAGGUGUUGCACGGGUAUACGGACAGUGUCAUCAGAAGUCGUCGCGAGGAAUUGAACCGAGCGGCCAAAAGUGGCGGAACCGAGGUGGAUGAAAACGCGAACGACCUCGGUAUUAAGAAGAAGGUGGCGUUCCUGGAUAUGCUGCUGCAGUCCAAGAUCGAUGGGCAACCGUUGACAGAUCUCGAGAUACGUGAAGAAGUGGACACGUUCAUGUUCGAGGGGCACGAUACGACGACGUCGGCCAUUAGCUUUUUGCUGUUAAAUUUGGCGAAAAACCCUGGUGUCCAGCAGAAGGUUUUCGACGAGAUACGGAGCAUCGUUGGGGACGAUCGGAAGCAACCCGUCACCAUGGCGAUGCUGAACGAUAUGAACUACCUCGAUCUGGUGAUCAAGGAAACGCUCCGACUUAACCCAUCGGUACCGAUGAUCGGUCGGAAGAUGGUAGAAAACUCCAACAUCAACGGCAAGAUUUUCCCUGCCGGAUCAAAUAUAAUCAUCAUGCCGUUCUUCCUCGGGCGUGAUCCAAAAAAUUUCCCCAACCCGGAGAAGUUCGAUCCCGAACGGUUCAACGUGGAGCGGUCGGCCGAGAAGACGAACCCGUACCAGUACAUUCCGUUCAGUGCGGGGCCACGGAAUUGCAUCGGGCAGAAGUUUGCCAUAGCGGAGAUCAAAAGUCUGGUGAGCAAGGUCCUGCGCAACUACGAAAUUCUUCCGGCGCUUGGUGAACACAAGGAGUCGUACGUUUCCGAGCUCAUCCUGCGCCCUGGGAAUGGUGUCUUUGUUCGACUGCAGCCGAGGGUUUAUUAG